CAUUGCAACGAGCCGCUUAAGACUUUCGCCUUAAAAGAAAGGACAGAAAAGAGCGCGUAUCAGCCGCGUGUUCUCGCGCGCUAAAGAAGAAGCGUUUCACGAGCUCGCGCGUGCAAGUGCCUCAACCAGCGGAUUCCUUCGAAGACCGAGGUGUUCCUGACGACGACGUUCCCUGGAUAUCACUGACGCAGAAGUACUCGUCGCUUGCGUGCGCCACGUUGGACGAGCAGGCGCGUGAUCACGGAGAAGCAGCUCGGACUGCUUCGGACUCAGCUCCUAUCGAGCCGCCAUGGAGCGCGUGCUGCAGUUCUCGGUGCUGGUGUGGAAGAACAUGUACCUGCGCCGCCUGAGGGUCCGUCCGGUCGCCUUCGUCGUCGAGAUUCUCAUGGUGACCGUGCCGUUCAUCAAGAUCCAGAACGAGCGCGGCAUCGGGGGCCACGACGCCGUGGUCAGCAGCAUCAUCUACCCCGUGUACUCGCCAGACUUAUUGGACCUCAGGCUAGACACCAUCAUCUACGGACCGGCCAACAACUACACGCGGCGCAUCGUCAGUUCCAUCGAGAAAUCCCUGCACAGAAUCGAUUUGAAGACGAUGAUGGACGAGGUGGAGAUGGCGCGGGUGGUCUUCUCGAGGAACGUGACGCCUAACACGCUCGGCCUGUACUUCCACACCGAGUCGCUGGGUGACGACGUGCCCCACGAUCUGACGUACACCAUCAUGUUCUCGAGCGGUGCGUACAAGAUCACCAAGGCCCGCGAGGAGGUCACACAAAGCGGACCCUCGCAACUCGAGGACAGUGAGUGAAAACUGAUGACGCAUUAUGCAUCGAAGGUGCAGCUUGGCAUGAUGGUUCACAGCAUAACGGUGCUGCUGUUGAGAAUUUGUCUCGCUCAUACUCCGGAUGUUGCGAGCAAACUGAAGGCAGCGGGAAUUGGAGAUUGCCUGAAUGAGGCCGUGAAUAAAUCAGUGGCGAUAACCGCCUGAUAUUGAAUGUUAUACUGAAGGGCUGUCGAGAAUUGUUUUGCAGGCGGACGCGCCAAACACAAGGGACAUAUUGCCGCCUUAAGAUAGCAUCUUACCUGGGCACGCAGCCUUGAUUGCAAAUGUGCUUCAGGUACUAUUGGACAGUACCUACAGCGUCCGGCGGGUAUUAG